AUGGGUGUUCAAGUUGCUAUCUCAAGGUCUACAUUACAUCCACAUCAUAUAUCCAGUGGAGUUAUACAGUUAAUAAUUGAAGCUUACACUGAAGAAGUGCUACGCGAACUGAGCUCACAACCAGACUUUCGACUCACAACAGCUCAAUAUGCGUUAUUUCGCCAGAAGAUGAACGACCUUUAUGAUCACAUUCGACAUCAUCCAGCAUUGCAUCAAAGGUAUCUAUGGGUAGGGAAAGGUCGGCCCGAUAUAGAUCCGGACAUACAGAUGUCAAUCAGAGAAGAAAAACAAAAUCGUGGGAGUUCAAAGCGAAAACGUUACCUGAACAACGAUUCUCCUGAACCAGAAGUAUCCCAACCAUCAGUAUCGAAGAAAAUAAAGUCAAGCUAUCCAGCUGAAGAAAUCUGCAAAACAAACCGACUUUGGGAGCAGAUCAACAUUACGCAUGACUUUUAUGAUAAUGAAGUUGAAGUUAUUCAAGACAACGUUCAACAGUACGUCUUCUCCUACAGAUGCGUCACAGAGACAGGUCCUUGCAUCGGUAUAUCCCCAUUGUACGAAAGUGAGUGCACAGAACGGUACGGAUGGAUGUACAUGUACUAUAGAAAACUUGAUGAUCCUUUUCGAAUUCCACAGUGGGGUUUCGUUGCUGCGCCACACCACUGCGCUUGCAAAAUAAUUCCUAAAUACAUUCCAGAGUCUUGA